AUGCUCCUGGUUGCUCGGCGGGGGCGGCUCGCUAUCAUCCCAUCCGGCGUAUGGAUCGUAAAACGAUGGAUCUCCGCCGCCGCCGCCACCACCGCCGCUGCCGUCGCUACCACCGCUGCCGCCGCUACCACCGUUGUCUUUGUCACUAUGAUGAUCGAGGCCUGGAUCAUAGAUUUGGUGUCGAACAUUCCAUUGCUGUUCGACAAUGAGGCCGUGGGUGUCGGUGGUGGAAGGCCGGCCUUUUAUUAG